AUGGACGUCGAUAUGGAGGCAGCUGCUCGCACAGUGGAACGCCGAAACAACGAUCCGCCCUCGUCGGGCGAAGACGGCUCCUCUGUCGACCUCGAGAGGCUCGGCCGGUGCCGGCCCGAGGUGUUUAGCAACCGCUGGGUCGAGAUCGGGUUCUGUGUGUCCGUGCUCGGGUCGAUGAUGAUGGCCGAGUUUCUGAUCAGUGGCUUCAACGUGCUGCUGCCGGUGCUCAUCGCGGACACGGGCAUCGACCCGAGCCAGCGCACGUGGCCGACGACGGUCUUCUCGCUCGUCACGGGCGCACUGCUGCUCCCCUUCGGCCGCCUCGCUGACAUGGUCGGAGGCGAGGUCAUGUACCUUGGCGGCCUCUCUUGGCUCGCUAUCUGGUCGCUCGUUGCUGGUUUCGCGCGCACGCUUCCAGUUGUGCUCGCCGCCCGCGCGCUCCAGGGCGUCGGCGCCGCCGCCUUCCUCCCCUCCGGCGUCCUCCUCCUCGGCACCACGUACCGCCCCGGCCCGCGCAAGAACAUCGUUUUUAGCUUGUACGGCGGCUGUGCGCCCUUCGGCUUCUUCUCCGGCAUCAUGGUCGCUGGCCUCUGCGGCCAGUUCCUCCACUGGGGCUGGUUCUUCUGGAUCGCCGCCGCUCUGCUGCUCGUCCUCUGUAUCGUGACCUUCUUCUGCGUCCCCCGCCGCUGGCGCCGUCCCGACCUCUCCCAGAUGGACUGGCUCGGCUGCAUCACCAGCGCCGCCUUCCUGACUAUGGUCACGUACGCUGUCACCGACGCCUCGCAGGUCGAACGCCGAUGGGCCUCGCCACAGAUCAUCGUCCCGUUUGUCCUCGGCGUCGCCUCGCUCGGCGCAUUCAUUUAUGUGGAGAAACGGGUUGCGAAGUCGCCCUUAUUGCCUCUGGGGUUAUUUUCGAUUAGGAAUAUCGGGCCGCUCUUCCUUGCCCUCUUCAUAGCCUGCGGAUCUUUCGGUAUCUACCUUUUUUAUGCGAGCUUUUAUAUCGAGACUGUUCUCCAUAUCUCGCCGCUGCUUGCCGCUCUCUGGUUCGCGCCGAUGGCGGCCGGAGGGGUUAUCAUCGCCCUUAUAGCCGGGUUCACUCUCCAUCGUUUGCCAGGAACUAUACUUCUCAUUUUAUCCGGGGUGGGCUUCACGCUGGCUUCUCUCCUGUUCGCCAUUAUACCAGCGGAGCCUAAUUACUGGGCCUGGGUCUUCCCGGCGAUGACCUGCGCUACUAUCGGUAUCGACAUCUGCUUCAACGUCAGCAGCAUCUUCAUCACGACAAAUGUGCCCAGUGACCAACAAGGUCUGGCAGGUGCAUGUAUCAACGGCCUCGUGUUUCUCGGACUCAGCUUCUUCCUCGGCUGGGCCGACUUCGCCGUCGCCAGCAGCCCAGGCGAGGGGUUGGGCCAAAGCUACAAGGUCGCCUUCUGGCUCGGGGUUGGAUGCGGGGGUGCCAUGAUUCUGCUUGUCUUGUGCUUCAUCAGGAUUGGCCAGGCGAAGAGCGAUUAUACUGUCGAAGAGAAGAAGGCUCGACAACAAACCCCCAGACUAUUGUCAGGGCCAACGAGUAUGCCUGGAAAUCAUGAGCGAGAGAAAGACUAG